UAAAAUACUCGUACUUUCACUUUGUCGAUUUUAGUAACAACAUGAGAGAUUCCGAAAAGAAGUUGCAGCCGAUUGAAAAAUGACACGAAGGCGUUCAUCGGAUUUCAUUUUAAAUAUGAUUUCUAUUGCGAUUUGCUUCUUAAUCCUAUGUCCAAAUGGUUUAGUAAACUCAGAAGAGGAAGACAAUGAAUUAACUGGUGAACAGAUAAUCUUUGUGGUAGUGACACAACCAAAUAAGUACCAUGUCAGCAGAGCUGAAGAGUUCAAAACCCAUUUCAAAGCACAACUUACUCAUAUGGACAAGAAUGAUCAGCCAAAACUAUAUUUCACACAUAAAGAAUGGGAUAAUAUAAAUGGAGCUUGGACAUUCUUUCCCAUAUUUAAACUCUUAGAAGAAGAUUUGGAUGACAAAGCUUGGGUAUUCAUCUGUGAAGAAGACACAAGAUUAGAUAUACAAAAACUUAUUAAAGUUCUUAGUAAAUUUGACUAUGAUGAGGACUACUUUCUAGGCCAUGCUUUGCAAGACCAACAAGCCACUAUUAUACAUCACUAUGCAUUCCAUGACAAUCCAAAAUCUUUCUCUUAUCCAGAUAUUGGUGCUGGUUUUGCACUUAGUAAUUCACUGUUUACAAGAAUUGGUGAUAAUUGGCCAGAUGAAGCGUAUAGACUUGAUUUUUCUAUUGAUCCUAAAUAUGAGUUAGCCAAGUAUAUUGAUAACAAUGGUAAAGGUGUGAAGAUGACGGACAUUAAACAACUGUGUACCACCAGGUCAUCACAAGGAUGUGCAACAUGGUAUCCUACUCCAUUCCCUGAUUGUGGAAAAGGAAUACAUGAAGACAAACUUUUUGUUGCAGUAAAGACAUGUGAAAACUUUCACAAAGACAGAAUUCCAGUAGUCAAAGCUACAUGGGGUAAUACAACAACACAUAUAGAAUACUACAGUGAGACAGAAGAUCCAGAUAUACCUACAGUAGAUUUGGGUAUACCCAAUACAGAAAGAGGACACUGUGGGAAAACAAUGGCUAUUAUAAACAGAUUUGACAGUCGGCCUGAGUUCAAAGGUUAUACAUGGUUACUUAUUGCUGAUGAUGAUACUAUAAUCAAUUUAGAAAGACUAAGAAAGCUAUUAGCAUGUUAUGACUCUAAGGAACCUAUUCAUCUGGGGGAAAGAUAUGGAUAUAAUGUUGCCAAGUAUAGAUGGGGUUAUGAUUACAUCACAGGAGGUGGAGGGAUGUUACUGAGCAGAGCAGCAGUAGAUAUAAUGAAAAAGAACAACUUGAUCAACUGUAAUACUAAUGAAUCUCCUGAUGAUAUGACCUUGGGAAUGAAGCUCAAGGGCAUUGGUGUACCAUUAACUCAUACUAUAUACAUGCAUCAGGCUAGAUUAGAAGAUUACAGUCCAGAAUACCUGCGACCAAGGACACAUGUCUCAUUCCAUAAACACUGGAUGAAUGACCCUUAUAAAGUGUAUGAUUAUUUAAUGAAGGAACCAGAAGAAGAACCAGUCAUAGAAGAAGGACAUGAUGAGUUGUGAUGAAAGCAAUGCUAGGAAUUAAAAUCUGAUUAUUAUUUUAUACUGUAAACUCACUACUUUUUGUGAUUUUUUUAUUACUGUGAAAAUUAAAACUAGAUUGGUGUUGCAAAAAUAAAAAAACUCCAUUUUAAAUUU